GCGUCUUCACCGCAUUUACGUUUCAGCUGUGAACUCGACGAUUUGGAUAUUCACCUUCGAGUGUUAUUUGCGUUCACAUUGGUUUACAAGGCUCUUGAAGAGAAACAUAUAAGCGAUUCUUCAAAUAGUGUCUAUCAUACGAAUUAUUCCUUUUUUAAUUUUUUUUUUAAUUUAAACUUAACUCAUUCCACCACCGUUCCCAGUUCUAGUAAUCUAUAAUCCUUGAACCCGGUAUCCUAGGAAAGCUACGUUUUAUUUUCUUAUUUGCGACAUCAAUUUUCAACUAAAUUUUUUAUUAUUGUCAUUACGGAAAUUAAACGCGAUAACUUUAACUUCAAACGAAAUGGCUUUGAAAAUUCGUGUCGACUCGUCGAAGGUGAAAUAUACAGAAGAUUAUAUCGAAGCACAAUACGAGUACCAAACGACGAACGUUACAGAAGACGAUGGUUCGAAAUACACGGUGAAGCCAGUGUCGACACAAUUAUUAAUUAGAACACAAUUGAAAGUUCCAAAGCUUGGAUUAAUGUUGGUAGGAUGGGGUGGAAAUAAUGGUACCACUAUUACUGCUGCAUUAUUAGCAAAUAAACUUAAACUCUCAUGGGAAACAAAAAAUGGUCUUCAAAAAGCUAACUGGUAUGGAUCUUUGAUUCAAGCUUCUACUGUUAGACUGGGUAGAGGAACGAAAGGAGAUGUGUAUGUUCCAAUGUCUUGGAUACUUCCAAUGGUAAAUCCAGAUGACAUUGAACUUGAUGGUUGGGAUAUUUCAAACAUGAACAUAGCCGAUGCUAUGAAGCGAGCAAAAGUUCUAGAUAUUAACCUGCAGAAGCAAUUGGAACCAUAUAUGAUACAUAUGAAACCAAGGAAAAGCAUAUACUACCCUGAUUUUAUUGCAGCUAAUCAGGAGAAAAGAGCCAAUAAUGUUAUUUCAGGUUCAAAAUUUGAACAUUUGGAAACGAUUAGAAAAGAUAUUGCAGAAUUUAAGAAUUCAAAGAACUUUGAUCAAGUAAUUAUAUUGUGGACAGCUAAUACUGAAAGAUUCUCUGAAAUAAUACCAGGUGUAAAUGAUACAGCUAAAAACUUAUUAAAAGCUAUCAAAGAUAAUCAUUCUGAAAUUAGUCCAAGUACAGUAUUCGCUGUUGCAGCAGCUUUAGAAGGUUGUACAUAUAUAAAUGGCUCUCCUCAAAAUACUUUUGUGCCUGGAGCAAUGGAAUUAGCGGAAAAACAUAAAACAUUUAUCGGUGGUGAUGAUUUUAAGUCUGGACAAACAAAACUAAAGUCUGUACUUGUAGAUUUUCUAGUAUCAGCUGGUAUCAAACCAGUAUCAAUUGUCAGCUACAAUCAUCUUGGAAAUAAUGAUGGAUAUAAUUUAUCUGCUCCCCAACAAUUUCGUUCAAAGGAGAUAUCAAAAAGCAAUGUGGUGGAUGAUAUGGUACUGUCAAAUAAAAUCCUUUACCAACCUGGAGAGAAACCGGACCAUUGUGUUGUAAUUAAAUAUGUUCCAUAUGUUGGUGAUAGUAAACGGGCUAUGGAUGAGUACACAUCAGAAAUACUACUUGGAGGGCACAAUACAAUUGUGGUACAUAAUACAUGUGAGGAUUCUUUACUGGCUAGUCCAAUAAUUUUAGAUCUGGUUCUUCUGGCAGAAAUUUGUUCACGUAUUACUUUCAAAGUAGCAGAUUCGAAUGACGAAUUUAUUGGAUUUCAUAGUGUGCUUUCUAUAUUGUCGUACCUUUGCAAAGCACCAUUAGUGCCUCAUGGAAUACCGGUAAUAAACGCAUUAUCCAGACAACGAGCUGCGAUUGAAAAUAUUUUAAGAGCAUGUCUUGCAUUGCCUCCUGAAAAUAACAUGUUACUUGAACACAAAAUUAAUUUCGAGAAACCUAUACAAAAUUAAGAAAAUAAAUUGUAUCUUUAAAAGUAAGGGUAUUAUUGUUUUUAAAAAAGAAAAAACGAACAAACAGUAUUAUCAAAAAAUAAUUUUAAAAACUUGUAAAAUCAUUUAGUGUUCGGAAAUAAGUACUUUUAUUUUCAGAUUACUCUUUUUAUAUAAUUUUUUAUAGACAGCUUGCGAAGUGAACAUGUGAUAAAAAUGUAUCUGAAGACACUUGGCGACGAAAUCAACCAAACUUAGUAGUAUAUUUCAGGGAUCAGUCUUAAUAAGAAAUUUUAAAUCAAAAAUUCAUAAAGACAACUCUUAAAAUACUGAUACACCUAAUAGUGGAAAUGGUAUUGUCAAUAUUUAAAAGAGUAUAAAUCGAAUUUUAACCAAAAUAAUAUAAAUCAUCGUUUUCAAAAAACAACUACUUCCAAAUUCAAUAUGUUAUGUACAUAACGAAUUUUGGAAUUAAUUCUGAAUUAUACUUUCUUGCCCAUCUAUCAGAAAAAUGUCAGUGUAAUGUAUGUAAUAUUUUAUUCUGUGUAAUAGCGCAAUAUGUAAAAAUAAUGUUAAUCUAUUUUUGUGAUAAAAUACCCUUAUUGCUUAAAUGUAUGUUAUGCUUUAUGAAUAAAAAAAGAACUUAUAAAAAAUAAAA